UUGUCAAUGGAUCAUCAGGGGUGUUCAUUGGAUGGUCGACCAAGAUCCAAUCACAGAAGGAGAAAGGAGAUCCUGUGAUAAGAGUAAAAAGAGAAUGUAAAUAUCAUAAUCUUGAUAUCGAUAAUGGAGAAAGGUAUUUUGACCAUGACAUGAUCAUUCGACUCAAUGACACUAAGGAAGAAGUUAUGAUCGAUGUCUGUGAAAUGACCGAGGAAGAUGAUAAUGAGAAGGUGUACAUACGAAAACAAUUUCCAAAACUCGCAUAUACUGCAGUCUCAUGUGUCAGUACACAUGAUUUAUUAGGAGUAUUAAAUUUAACACGAACGGUCUAUGAUCGCCUAACGAGAACAACAAAAGAAGAUCAG